GCCCCAGCAUUCAGGUCCACGAAUGGGGCUAUCCACCAUGUCGCUGCACGCCACGCCACUACGUUUUCGGCUAGCUACAACAACAUCCCAUACCUUGCGAGCUUAGGGAAAGCUUAGUGCCGCAUAGUUUGCAUAUUUAUAUCCACGCAUGCAUGCAUUAGCUCCCGUCUCACCUCACCAUAACCUGGCCGGCCGGCAUCUACCUUGGUCAACCUCCGGGCUGAAUAGGAGCGGCGGCGGCAUGGCGGCGAGCAAGGGCGCGAACAGGAAGAGCCUGGUGUCGAGGACGCUGGAGCGUUGCAGGUCAGGGCUGGGCGGCGGCGGCAAGGUGUCGGCGGGGACGGCGCCGGGGUGCUUCUCGGUGUACGUGGGGCCGGAGCGGGAGCGGUUCGUGGUGCGCGCCGACCGCGCCAACCACCCGCUCUUCCGGCGCCUCCUCGACGACGCCGAGAGCGAGUACGGCUAUGCGGCGCAGGGACCCCUCGCGCUGCCCUGCUCCGUCGACGCCUUCCUCGACGUCCUCUGGCACAUGGACCACGACCACGACCACGACGGCGGUGAUAACGCGGUCGCGCCGUUGUCGUCGCCGAUUUGCGGCAUGCAGCGGGGCGGCAGCAAGAGCCGGUCGGCAGGGUACCGGGUGCUCAGCCCGGCCAAGUCGUCGCCGGCGUCCUUCUUCUUAUCGCCCAAGGCUUCGCCGAUCACCACGACGGGUGGCAAGAGAAGGUGAUACAGAUCGAUCGAUCAUCGAGCAGUACGUACGUAAUCUGCAUAUACUUAGUCGUCUCUCUCUCUCUCUGUCUCUCUCUCUCUCUUAGGCAUACAGGAUACAGCUUAGCUGAUUUAGGUCGAUAGGAAUCAAAAAGAAGAAGAAGAUCUCUAUGCAUAUGCAUGCAUGUAAGCGUGUCUGCGUGUGGCCUACAAAAGAAAGCGAUGAGUUUUGGGGCGAA